UAGAAUCGUAAUAGAUCUGAUUUGGAUUGGAAUACCACGUGGUCUAAACAACAAUACGGUUCACCUCAAACGGCAAGAGUGGAAAAACAUGGCGAUCAGUACGCUUUUAAUUAGACCUGAGGUCCUGCAUAAUUGACCCUAAAUCAAUUAGUGACAGUAGAAUGAGAACAUACUAUGUUCAACACGUGUGCUUGUGGUUGUGGCUUGUUGCUUGUGGUUGCUGCACCUCCAUGAAGAAACAUCAAUUAACAACUGGCUUUUAUUGUGUUUCAUCAUUUUAAAUCUCAGGAGCGCUUAUCUAGUAGGCUACAGCAGCAUCCUUUUCACAGCCGCACAACCUCCCCAAACAGGUUGCGGUCUCCAGCUUGUGGCCCCCACUUUGCCCCCCCCCUCCCCCUCCCCGAAGUCUGCAGUCCUCAACCUGCGGCCCUCAGCUUGCGGCCCCCCCUCCAUGCGUCAGCAGGUGAUGGCUAAGCCCAGAAGGCAGGCGUUGCGGGGUCCCGGCUACCUCUUCCGCGCCCACUCCUGCAGCCUGUCCGUCACAGAGGAGAUCUUCCUGGACGCGGCCGAGUACGGGAACAUCCCCGAGGUGAGGCGCAUGCUGGAGGAGCUGCCCCACCUGGACGUCAACUGCGUGAACUACAUGGGCCAGAAUGCAUUGCAGCUGGCGGUGGCCAACGAGCACCUGGAGGUGGCCAAGCUGCUGCUGAGGCGGGACAACCUGGAGCGCAUCGGCGACGCCCUGCUGCUCGCCGUCAGCAAGGGCUACGUCCGCAUCGUGGAGGCCAUCCUGUGCCACCGGGCCUUCGCCGACGGGCGCCGGCUGAGCUACAGCCCCGGCCACGCCCAGACGCACGGCGAGUUCUUCGCCUACGACGAGGACGGCACGCGCUUCUCCCACGACGUCACGCCCAUCAUCCUGGCGGCGCACUGCCACCAGUACGAGAUCGUGCACGUGCUGCUGGCGCGGGGCGCGCGCAUCGAGCGCCCCCACGACUACUUCUGCCAGUGCUCGGCGUGCGGCCAGCGCCAGGGCCUGGACGCCUUCAGCCACUCCCAGUCGCGCAUCAACGCCUACAAGGGCCUGGCCAGCCCCGCCUACCUGUCGCUGUCCAAUCAGGACCCGGUGAUGGCCGCGCUGGAGCUGAGCAACGAGCUGGCCGUGCUCGCCAACAUUGAGAAGGAGUUCAAGAACGACUACAAGAAGCUGUCCAUGCAGUGCAAGGACUUCGUGGUGGGCCUUCUGGACCUGUGCCGCAACACGCAGGAAGUGGACGCCAUCUUGAACGGCGACGCCGAGGCCUGUGACGAGCCGCAGGUGCGCUCGGCCAGACAGGGCCUCGUCCGACUCAAGCUGGCCAUUAAAUAUGAAGUGAAGAAGUUUGUGGCCCAUCCGAACUGCCAGCAGCAACUGCUGUCCAUCUGGUACGAGAACCUGUCGGGUCUGCGGCAGCAGAACACGGCGGUGAAGCUGCUGCUGGUGCUGGCCGUGGCGCUGGGCCUGCCGCUGCUCGCCAUAUUGUACUGGCUCGCCCCCUCUAGCCAGCUGGGCAGGGUGAUGCGGGGGCCCUUCCUGAAGUUCGUGGCCCACGCCGCGUCCCUCAUGGUGUUCCUGUUCCUGCUGGUGAUGAACGCCGCCGACCGCUUCCAGGGCACAGCGCUGCUGCCCAACAUGACCACCCAGGACCACCCCUCCCAGCUGUUCCGCAUGAAGACCACCCCCUUCACCUGGAUGGAGAUCCUCAUCAUAUCCUGGGUCAUAGGUAAGAUCUGCGCCGAGUGUAAACACAUCUGGUCGCAGGACAUCAGGGAGUACGUGUCCGAGCCCUGGAACCUGCUGGACUUCGGCAUCUUGGCCAUCUUCGUGACGUCCUUCACGGCGCGGUGGAUGGCCUUCUGGCACGCGCACGCCGCCCAGCUCUACGUGGACGUGCGCUACACCGACCUGGCCAACGUCACGCUGCCCGCGGAGGUCCAGUACUUCCACCUGGCGCGGAUCCACUGGAUGCCGUCGGACCCCCAGCUGCUGUCCGAGGGGCUGUACGCGGUGGCGGUGGUCCUGAGCUUCUCCCGCAUCGCCUACAUCCUGCCGGCCAACGAGAGCUUCGGGCCGCUGCAGAUCUCGCUGGGCCGCACCGUCAAGGACAUCUUCAAGUUCAUGGUGAUCUUCAUCACCGUGUUCGUGGCCUUCAUGAUCGGCAUGUUCAUCCUGUACUCCUACUACCUGGGCGCCAAGCAGAACGACGCCUUCACCACCGUGGAGGAGAGCUUCAAGACCUUGUUCUGGGCCAUCUUCGGCCUCUCCGAGGUGCGAUCCGUCGUUCUGGACACCAACCACAAGUUCAUCGAGAACACGGGCUACAUCCUCUACGGCGUCUACAACAUCAUCAUGGUGAUCGUCCUCCUCAACAUGCUCAUCGCCAUGUUCAACAGCUCCUUCCAGGAGAUCGAGGACGAUUCCGACGUGGAGUGGAAGUUUGCCCGCUCCAAACUCUGGUUCUCUUACUUUGAGCAUGGCGGAACGCUGCCCGUGCCCUUCAACCUCGUGCCGAGCCCCAAGUGCAUCCUGGGAACGACACUGGGAAUCCUCAAACUUCUCUGUAGACUUCCUCACCUGGAGGUCAAGGACCAGCCGGAGCUCAACCCGGAGCUCAACAAGCUGAAUCCGCCAGAUGAAGAAAAUGUUGCUACAUCCACGGCCCCGAGCGCACACCAGAAAAUUAUGAACCGCCUGGUGAAGAGGUACAUCAUCAACGCCCAGUCAGACCGCGACCAUGAUGAGGUCAACGAAGGCGAGCUGAAGGAGAUCAAGCAGGACAUCUCCAGCCUGCGCUUUGAGCUGCUGGAGUGCAAGAGCUAUAACAUGGACGCCAUGGCUGGCCUCAUCCGACGGCUGGAGGAGGUGACACGCGCCACCUCCAACAGAAAAGCGCGCGACACUAAUUGAUGCAAUGUUAUUAUUAUUCUUAUAUAUAGUAAUUUAGCAGACGCCUGCCUCCAGAGCGACUAACGAUGGAAAAAACAGCGAGAAAGGUCACUGCGGACAAGUUAGCUUGUGGUCUUCACACCCAGAACAUGUUAUCACUAGACUAUCCUUAAGAUAUUAGUUAUUUUACAUAUGGAUAUGUGUCUAUAUUAGAGGUGUAUUCCACACAGUUUAGAAAUGCAGAAAUGUCUUGUUUUUUUAAGCCUAUACAUAAAAUACGUGUUCAUUAGAACAUUUUUCCCGAAUGAAAUAACACUAUUUUACACAACCUGAAUAUUUAAUUCAGAAUGUUAUUUUGUGUUUACUCCGGUAGUCGUUCCCCUUUUGAGCCUCUAGAUGGUGCUACAGAGACUCCUGCUGCCAGUUGCAUUGUUUUUAUUUUCCUUCCACACCAACAGCUCUGUGAGUUGUUAAUAAUUUCUCCCCGCAUCAAUGUUUGAUUUCCCCUGAGUUAUUGAAUAUAAAUCAUUAAUAAAGUUAUAAUGUUGAAGCGA